AGCAGGAGGAGUUGAGGAGGUGACUAUUUAACAGACUCUGAGGAUCAUCGCAGUCAGUCAUGGGUUGUUCCAGGAUUCUAACAUGGACACUGUGUGUCCUCCUGAGCUGGAUGUGUGUGGAUCAAGUGGGAGCUGAACCGCAGUACCUGGUGGCCAUUCCUGCAGUUAUUGAAGCUGGAGCUGAGACCAGAUUCUGUGCAAGUCUCCUGCAGCCCAGUGAGACUCUGGUCAUGACUGUCACUCUGCGGUCCAAAGAGGAGAAUACAACCCUGCUCACACACACAUCCAAUGAAGAGUUUCAUACUUGUACUGAGUUUAAGGCUCCUUUGGUGGGAAAUGUAAAAAUUCUGGAUUUUGAAGUGGCGCUAAGAGGAGACACAUUUCAUUCAAAAGAAGUCAGAAGAGUCAUGAUCAAAGCCUACAAGGCCAAGACGUUCAUCCAAACAGAUAAACCCAUCUACCUCCCUGGACAAACAGUGCAUUUCAGAGUUGUUGCGCUGGACUCCAAGUUAAGACCUGCCAAUCAGCUGUACAAUAUCAUCGAACUUGAGGAUCCAAAUAGAAACAGGAUUGGACAGUGGCUAAAUGAAUCAUCCAACAGUAAAAUAUUGCAGCUUUCUUACUCCUUGAACUCUGAGGCCCGUGAAGGGACGUACAGAAUAAUUGUUUCUGGAGGUAAAGAUAAAUUAUAUCACAACUUCAAGGUGGAGAAGUAUGUUUUACCCAAAUUUGAUGUAACAGUGAAUGUGUCUGAAGAAGUGAGUAUUGGCCAAGAAGAAUUCAAUAUUAAAUUAUGUGCAAAGUACACAUAUGGGCAGCCUGUGCCAGGAAGUGUUACAGUUAAAGUGUGCCGACAUCUUCAGUUCUAUGGUUCCAUCGAUAAGAGCUUCAACAUAACGGCCCCCUGCCACACAGAGACUAAACAGACAGACAAGACAGGCUGUGCAGCUGUUACCUUCAAGAUGUCGACCUUCACCAGAAUUGACCAAAAGAUACUUGAUGAUACGCUGAAUGUCAAUGUCAAAAUGGAAGAGGAGGGAACAGGCAUGUCACACCAACAGCAAAAGAGAAUAAGGAUUUCAUAUUCCCUUGGAAAGGUGUCUUUUAUUGAUAUGUCCAAGCUUUGGGAACCAGGAUCAAAUGUGGAAGGAAAAGUCAGAGCAGUUUUCUACAAUGAUACACCCAUUCCUGAAGCACCUGUGUACCUGUUUGUGGGAGAAAGGUGGUCGGCACGCUCACUACAAAAUCUAACAACUGACAGCAAUGGUGUCGCCUCAUUUUCAUUCAGCACAGAAAACUUCGAUCAGGAUAUUAUUCUCCAUGCCAGCCUGACACCAAAACUGACAUACCGUGGAUAUAGAAGUACCUUCUAUGAGGAAGGAGCUCACACACUGUCUAAGUCCCAACCUUCUUCUCAAGAUGCUAAAACAGUCAGCUCACUGAAGGUGAAGAGGAAGAGUAAACCCCUUUCCUGUGACACAGAAGAGGAUAUUUCUAUCCAGUACACUGUAGUGCGAGAGCCCCCAGCCUCCAUGGAUGUGAUGUAUCUGGUCUUGGCCAGAGGAACCAUUGCCGUGCAAGGAUUUAAACAGAUUCAAAUUAAAGAUCAGGCAGUGAAUGAGGGUGAAGUGUCCUUUAAGGUGAGAGUGUCUCCUGAGAUGGCACCGGACGUCCAGAUUGUGGCUUAUGCUGUACUCCCCAGCAAGGAUGUGAUUGCUGAUAGUGCUGACUUCUCCACUGAAAAAUGCUUCAGUAACAAGGUGUCACUGGAGUUCACACCUUCUUCAGCUGUCCCAGCAGAAAAAAACAACAUGCAGGUGACGGCCCUGCCGCACUCUCUGUGUGGGGUGAAAGCCAUCGACAAGAGCGUCCUCAUCAAGGAGCCAGGGACAACUCUGGAGGCAGACAAGAUUUUUCACUUGCUGCCUCUCAGGAAAUCAUAUGUUCCAAAUGAGGUUGAAGACCAUCGUGCAUGCUUAAAUGUGAGAGGAAGAAGAUAUGUUUUACCAAUUCCUGAUCAAGAUAAAGGUGCCUACACUGUUUUCAAGAAUGUAGGACUGAAGAUGGCAACAAAUCUGCUGAUCCAAAUUCCCUCAUGUGUGACAUUCAAGGGAAGAGAUUACUAUUUUGCUGUUGAUAGAGGACACCCUUAUAGAUAUUAUACACGUUUUAGAGGAGCACUUCCACGCUAUAUACAACCUGGACUAUCUCGUACACCUGUUGCGCAAGCUAUGCUUGUUGCUGGUUCAGCUCCACCUAUAAAAACUGUACGUGCUUUCUUCCCAGAGACUUGGAUAUGGGACCUUGUGGAAGUUGGAGAGUCUGGAUCAAAGGAUGUGUCCCUCAUCAUCCCGGACACCAUCACCACCUGGGAGACGGAGGCUUUCUGUUUGUCCUCUCAGGGAUUUGGUUUGGCUCCUCCUAAAGAAGUUAAGGUCUUCCAGCCCUUCUUCCUCGAGCUCACCAUGCCCUACUCCAUCAUCCGUGGGGAGCACUUUGAACUGAAAGCAACAGUCUUCAACUACCUGACCAGCUGCAUCAUGGUCACUGUCUCUCCUACGCCUUCCACAGAUUACACACUCACCCCCCUCUCUGAUGACCAAUAUACAUCCUGUUUGUGUGCCAGUGAGCGCAAAACCGUCAGCUGGACCAUGACCCCAACAGCUUUAGGGGCUGUGAAUGUGACUGUGUCUGCUGAAGCGGUGCAAUCCCAUGUUUCAUGUGAUAAUGAGGUGGUGAGCGUACCAGAGAGAGGUCGUAUCGACGUGGUCACAAAAUCCCUCAGAGUAAAGGCUGAGGGGACUGAGAUGACAAAGACGUCCAAUUGGCUGCUUUGCCCAAAAGUGUUGUCUCCGAAAGAGAGCAAAGCAGAACCUGGAAAUGGAAGGCUGAGUCAAAUAGGCACAGGAAGUGGGAAAAAUGGAGACACACUGACAGAGGAAACAGAGAUACAACUACCUGAGAAUCUGAUUGAAGCAUCUGCUCGCAGUGUUGUAUCAGUUCUGGGUGACAUCCUCGGACGUGCUCUGAAGAACCUGGAUGGACUGCUGCGGAUGCCGUAUGGAUGUGGAGAGCAGAACAUGGCUCUUCUAGCCCCCAACAUCUACAUCCUCCAGUACCUGAAAGGUACACAGCAGCUCACCCCAGCCAUCAUGGAAAAAGCUGCCAACUUCCUGACCAGCGGAUACCAAAGACAGCUGAACUACAAAAGUAGUGAAGGUGCUUACACCACAUUUGGAACAGGACCAGGAAACACAUGGCUGACUGCUUUUGUGAUGAGAAGUUUUGCCAAAGCUCAGUCUUUCAUCUACAUUGAUCCCACAAACAUUGAAGAGUCUAAGACGUGGCUGGAAACUAAACAACAAGAAAAUGGCUGCUUUGAAAAGUCAGGAAAACUCUUCAACAACAGAAUGAAGGGUGGUGUGUCUGAUGAAGUGACUCUCAGUGCGUACAUCACUGCUGCCUUCCUGGAAAUGAAUAUAUCCAAAAAUGAUCCUGUGGUGAACAAGAGCCGGGCUUGCCUCAAGGAGUCCAUCAGUGACCUCAGCAACACCUACACUACAGCUCUGCUGGCGUACGUCUUCACCCUGGCAGGAGACAUGGAGACCCGUGCUCACCUUCUGCAGCACUUAGACACAGUUGCAGUGAAGGAAGGACAUUUUCUCUACUGGUCUCAGACAGCAACAGAAACAUCAGCCUCCCUUGCAGUGGAGAUCAGUUCUUAUGUGCUGUUGGCCAAACUCAGUGCCUCCCCAACUGUUGAGGACCUGGGCUACGCCUCUGGCAUUAUCAGGUGGCUGACUGGCCAGCAGAACUAUUAUGGAGGCUUCUCCUCCACUCAGGACACAGUGGUGGCUCUUCAGGCUCUGGCUCUCUACUCCACUCUGGUGUUCAGUCCUGAGGGUUCAAGCACAGUGACUGUUCAGACUCCCAGCAGUCAGCUGACAUUUGAUGUAAAUCAGGACAAUAAACUGCUCUACCAGGAGAAGACGAUGCAGGACGUGUCAGGAAAAUACAGCCUGGAGGUGAAGGGCACUGCAUGUGCUUUAGUGCAGAUUUCUGUUCACUACAACAUCCCAACUCCUACUGAUGUCACCACUCUGAGCGUGGAGGUCAAACCAGAGGUCGACACCACGAGUGAAUCUCCCAGACCCAAACUCACUCUGAAAAUCAAAUCCCUAUACAGCGGAAAGGAAAACACUACAAACAUGGUGAUCCUGGAUAUCAAAAUGCUCUCUGGAUUUGUCCCAGAUGCAGAGUCUCUGAAGAGGCUCAAAGGUACUCUACUGGUGGAUCGUGCUGAGCAAACAGAAGAUCGUGUUCUGGUGUAUUUACGGGAGUUACCAAAGGACACACCCAUCAACCUCAGCUUAGAGAUCAUACAGGAGCUCCCAGUGGACAACCUGAAGCCAGCUGUGGUCAAGAUCUAUGACUACUACCAGCCAAGUGACCAGGCUGAGACAGAAUAUAUUUACCCAGGAGCUGCAGCUUAAAGAAAUCUGUGAUCAGUCCAGUGGUCAUCACUCAAGUUAAAACCUGCAUUUUAAUAAAGAUACCAUUUAACCACA